UUGGAGCGCGCCCGAGUAGGUUCUGUCCGUACACGUCUGUUGAAGUUUUGUCUGGUGAAGUUCUGCAGUGGUGAAACUCCGCGCGAGAAUCCGUGAUUUUAUACAAAGUUUCAAGUUAUUGUAGUGCACACACACAAAGGUUCGGAUUGUCGUUCCGGUUCGUGGAACAGCCGCGGGUUUGGCGGGUGUCGAGUGACCGCCCGAGGAAGAAUGUGCUGAUUCGGUGAAGUUCUGAAGUUGCUUCUGGAGUUGCCGGAGACUGUGUGCGCGCGUGUGUUUCGGUACGCCGAUUUUGGGGGCCUUGGCCACGGUUGGCCGGGUUUUGGCCAUUUUUUUUUAAGGUUUCGUGGAUGUUUUGUGAUAAGGUCGCCAACAAUCUCUGGAGAAGUGAGGCAACUCGGAGUUCGACAACUUUAGAAAACCGGAAGCCUUAUCUUGAUUGGAGAAUCUCCGAAGAGUUGCAACAAAGUUGUCCCGCUUGAGUGGGUUCGAAGUCUAGUUUCGAUCGGUUGACUUCCAGUGCAAACAACGCGAAUGAAUUGUGCAAAUUUGAACCAGUGCGUGCCGCUUACUCCCUCAGUACACUGAGCAGAAUCAACACGGUGAAAGAAUGAAGUUGGAGUCACGAAAAGGGUUCAGCUUUGACAGCUUGUCAGCGGUACCGGCACAGAACAGCUGGUCCUGAAGUGCGUGUGACAAUAGUAGAAAGUGUCUACGGGGGUCAACGCCGGAUAAGACGAAGAAGAUAUCGAACGGUGAAGAAUAAUCAACGGUGAACCUGAACCAAGGUUAGAAGAGGCCGCCUUCCCAAGCUAGUGCAAGCCGUUUUUGGGGGUCUUCGACAGUGAAGUUUCGGUCGGUAUUGCACAAACAAGUGGCCUUCCGUCGUCGUCGUCGUGUGGCUUUUCCUCUGUACUUGAUACAGUUGGAACCUAAUAGCUGUGCGUGUAUUGGCGACUAGUGUGUGUAUAUUCGUGUGCGUUGUGUUUUUUAUGUGAUUCGCGGCUUUCGUGCUUUUUUAUUAUUUUUGUGUGUGUUUUUUUAUAUUUGUUGCAACACAAAACGCGACCAGACGAAGAUCUAUAACUUACCGUUCCGUCUGUACGAGGAGUUUCGACGAAGGCUGUUGUGGAGCGGUUUAAGUGUCAGCAGGCAGGCAGGCAGUGUUUAAUCAGUGCUCCGCCAACUUUCCCGUGUGUGUAUUUCCGUGAAAAAAAAAAGUGCUCGCGAGUGUUGACUUCCGGUGAACCCCACUUCUACAAUCGAACCAGAUAUUCUCCGCGUUCAAAUGUCACCGUUCUAGGAAGACCACCAGCAACCGCCAAGUGUGUCGCAAUGUCCAAAACGAUCGAAACGCACCUGCAGAGCAACGAGGUCCGCAUUCCGAAAAAGUCCUCCGGGACGGAAUUCGACGUGUCCGCGACGGCUGCACCGUGCCAGUACUUUAAGAGUUCCUUCGCGCGGUCACUCUCGUUCAGCCAGGGUGGUCAGGGUCAGUACGGGGGGGACCAGAACCACUUUACCCGGUCGCUGGACUUUGAGGUCAACUACGGACUGUCCACCAUUCCGGACGGCGGGGGUUCGUCCCAGACGACACCGUCGGCCUCGCCCGUCUUUGAGCCGCCCGAGCUGGGUGGGAGGACGACCAAAGUGAGCAACGGGAUCUCCGCGGCCAACGGAGGGGUCGUCAAGACGCUGUGGAACUACGGCAAAGGAUCGCCCUCCAAGUCGGCCUCUCCCGGGGGAACUCCGUCCAAGUUGGCUUCCGGUGCAGCCGUCGCAGCAUCCACAGCAUCUGCAGCAGCAAUGUCCGGCUCCGGCUCAUCUUCGUCUACGCGAAAGAGCGUUGAGGCCAACGAAAUUGAGGUUCUACGACUACGAAAGGAAUGCCAAAAUCUCAUCGAGGAGAAUCGCCGUCUGGUGAAUCUGGCCGCCAAUAGCGGGUACGCUAUCAACGGCCUGAUGAACGGCAACGGAGGUCACGGAGGCCACGGUGGAGGCAGUUCCGGCAGCAGCAGCUUGACCAGCAGCUUGGGACUGGGCCUGGCAGGAGGAGGUGGUGGAGCGGGAGCGGCGGCGGCGACCGUGGCCGGCAUGUACUCGACCGUGGAAUCUGUGAUACUGCAGACGCAGGUGGAAACGCUGCAGUGGCAGCUCAAGCAGGUCGAUUCCAGCCGGCAGAUGUACCGCGCGGUGAUGGAGGAAGUGGUUCGAUACUUGGACCGGUGCUACCGCAGUCUGGACGUGAUCGGCACCAACGGCAGCACCAACAUUGGUCGAUCCAAGAGCGUUCUGCAGGUGUCCCGUGUUCCCAGCAGCAGCAGUAGCAGCAUCCACCACAACCACGAUUCGGACAGCAGCAACGCGAGCAGUCCCCGGGCCCGCAGCAGUACGAAUUUGAUCGAUGUGCAGCAAAAGUCGCAGUCUUACACCAAAAAGCAACACCAACUGCAGCAACAGCAGCAGCAAAGUCAACCUGGAACGACGACGACGGUCAAUGGGACAACUGCUGUGACGAAUGGGAACCACAACUCGAUGCUGCUGGAUGAGGACAUCGUCGUGUCGCCGUCACCCGCCGGAUCGUACAGCACCUUUAGGGACUUUACGUGGCGCCGCUCGCCAAAGCGCCAACCCAACCAACUGCCAGCGACUCUGCCAAUUUCCGGCGCCGAAGUUGACCCGGAGAAGCUGGCCCAGGAGGCGUUCCGGCUGCUGCGGACGGUCCAGAAUCUGCUCAACACGCAAGAGCCGACGCUGUCCAGCCAGUCCUCGAGCUCGUCGGCCGAGCUGGACAGUUUGCUGCUGUUGGCCGGCGGGAGUGUCGGAGGGGGAGGUGGAUCGGCAACCGGAAGUACGACCACGUUGACGGGGGCGGGUGCCGUGGCUUCCGCCCCGGUUGUGAACACGAGGAGUAACGUUGGGUUCAGUAGGAAGUUGAACAUGCGCGGGAGUCGGCUUUCGCUGAGGAGCAGUACGGACGAUUCGGUGCACUCGACGUCGUCUUCGAACAACGAGGACAACACGGAUCGACCGUCUCCGCCGUUGGGUCACCACCUGAACCACCAUCUGAACCAUCACCAUCAUCCGGGGAGUAGCAGCAGUAGCAGCACCAGCAGCAGUUCCGGCCACCUGGUCAACCACCGGCACUCGGCGAACAUCGACCGGAUCAAGGAGAUGAUGAUCGCGAGUUCCGCCGAGGACGAGUCCGGCUUCAGCUCGAUGAACUCGUUCCAGGAGAUUGGCCUGCCCCUGGUCAACUCCACCAUGCUGUCCACCAACUCCUCCGCCGCUUCCUCCACCGGGUCCGUGUCCUUCGUCUCAGAUGAAUCGUCCGACCUGCGGGACGCCACCGUCAUCCCGACGAGCAACGUAACCACGAUCGCCAUAAACCCGCCCAAGCUGGGCAUUCCCGCCUCGAAGGCACCGGAAAUCCCGGCCCGCGUCACGCAAUCCGCGGCGUACGAGCACCACAACCACUUUGUGAACCACCGCCGGUGGGAUUCGGCGCCGGUCGUGCUGCCGCAGAAGCUCAAGAUUCACCAGAACGGUGGGGGAGUAGGCGCGGGGGGUGAUUCCGACUCGGGAGUGUCCUCGCGGGUGCUGUGGGUAUAGCAGCGGUAGAACCCGUUCUGUUUUCGGCUUUUUCCCUUCUGUUGUCGCGUUUAAAGGGAGAGAUUGAGGAGUUUAUUUAAAUGGAGGAGACACGCAGGUGAAAUGAAACAGUCGAUUUGGAAUGUAUAUGAAAAAAGACGAGACUUGAAAUUGUUCUGACUUUAUUUAACAAAAAAUGAUAUUUUCUUUUGGAACUUUUGUCAUGUCACGUCUUGCCUUACUUGAAUUGCAUAAAUUUAUUUAAUUUUUUAGUUUGUUUGAAAAACAC